AUGGGUGGAGUUGAGUUUGAAGUCACUGUUGAUCCUACGGAUGCCGAGCAGUGGUUGGAGCGGAUGGAAAGAGUGUUUGAGCAAUUAGAGUGUUCAGACGCUGCCAAAUUUAAGUAUGUUGUCUCACUGUUACAGAAAGAUGCCUAUGACUGGUGGGUAAGUGUACCGAAUGCCAAGGCAAAACCUCCUGUCCUUACUUGGAAUGAUUUUGUGAAAGAAUUUCAUAUGAAGUAUGUCCCACCUGCUUAUCAUGAUGCAAAGAAAAAGGAGUUCUUGAAUUUAGAGCAAGGGGGUAUGUCUAUUGCUGAAUAUCAGCAGAAGUUUCUCAGACUUUCUCGAUAUGCUGGUGGUAUUAUUAAUAACAAAAAAGAUAAGUGUAGGCGAUUCGAAGACGGUUUGAAUAAUUCCAUCAGAAAAUCUGUGGUGGUCCUACAACAUAAAAACUUUUGUAAAGUAGUUUCAGCUGCUCUUACUUGGGAAAUGAUCGACAAGGAACAAGCACUAGAAAUGAAAACAAGUUCAGGAAAGCUGAUGCAGAUUCAGGAGGUCCGUCUAAAAGGGGAAGGUUUAACAGUUCCAAAGCUAGUACUGUUCUCAAGCCAGCCCAAGCUAUGGCCAAGGCAAGACUGGAGAGCUUCUGGUGCUUGUUUUAAUUGUGGGAGCUUCGAUCAUAAAGUGAAGGAUUGUCCUAAUCCUAACCCCACUUCUUCUCCGCGUAUGGAAGGCUCAGUUCAAAAACCUAUUACCACUCCCUCUCAAGGAAAUAAAGGUGUAAGAUCUAGAAACACACAAGCUAGUGAGUCAAGAGCUACAGCACGAGCUUAUGCUAUGAGACAGAGGGGUGACCAAGAUGGAGCAGAUGUGGUUGUUGUCUUCCCUGCUGAUUUGAUUGAGAUGCCUUUCCAAGACUAUGAUGUUAUUAUCGAUAUGGAUUGGCUUCAUAGGUAUCAUGCGGUAGUUGAUUGUAGGUCGAAGCAUGUGACCUUUAGAGCUCCUUCACUUUCACACAUCAUUGUUCAAGGUGAAAGAUCAUUGACAUCUAAUAUUAUCUCCGCGGUUGUGGCAAGAAAGAUGGUUAGUCAGGGUUGUGAAGCUUAUCUUGCUCAUAUAUUUGAUACGCACCUGGAAAGUCCAAGCCUUAAGGAUAUACCAGUGGUGUGUGAAUUUCCUAAUAUCUUCCCCGAAAAUCUUCCUGGACUGCCCCCGGAAAGGGAGGUUGAAUUGCCUAUAGAGGUUAUUCCUGGAACUACUCCUAUUUCUAUAACGCCUUAUCGAAUGGCUCCAACAGAAUUGAAGGAGUUGAAAAAUCAAUUGCAAGAACUUCUUGAGAAAGGUUUUAUUCGCCCGAGUGUUUCUCCCUGGGGAGCUCCCGUUCUAUUUGUGAAAAAGAAAGAUUUCUCUUAG